AUGAUUCUCAAUCCAAACUUCCGGGAGUUGCACGUGGCAGAGCAACCGCCAUUGAUCAAUCCGCUGGUCUCUGCCAUCCAGGGCUGGCUUCGCGACAAUGGGCAGCCGUUGUUCGAUUUCCUGGCCAAGCCUGACACGGUGAAGCAGAUCCUGAAGGAGCGGGGCGCCCGUUUGGGGCCACCGUAA